UUUUAAACAACGUUCUACUUUUAUAUCUGGUGCCUACUAAUUCUCGUUAAAUAUCUAAAAACUGUUAAAUCUAGACUAGAAGCAUUGUGAACUAGGGAGGAAAAGAUUGAAAGCUUGAAAUGGCAGGUCGUGAAAUAUGUCCGGAGAAAGGCUAAAGGCGUCCAUAGAAAUGGAGAGGUGAGGUACAAUAUGAAUGUUCAAACUUCCUAGAUUAGACUGGUGUCUACAUUAGAAUUUACAUAUUCAGAUUGGUUUAUAUUUUGUUUAAUCAACCGUGAAUCUGUUAUAUAUUACUCACUCCGUACAUAAUUAUGGAUUUCGCUUACAUUAACCAACGAACUGUGUUUAUAACAUUACUGUAUUAAACCCUUUAAGACUAAAUUAACCACAUGAAAUGAUUUGUGAGAUUUUGACAAUAAUGUGAAAACCAACAGAAGUAUUAAAAAGUGGUAAAACUGUACUCUAGGAAUUGAUUAGACAAUGAUUAUACAGAAUGGCAUACGUAUGACAUUAAAAUAGUCCAACGUUCAUUGGUACCACCAGAUGUAGGUUUAUAUCAUUCGUGAUAAGGUCUAACAAAAUGGUUUGAUGAAUGUAGCCGCUCUUGUAGUCUAUAAUUGGUACAUCAAUUAACUAAUUGUUACAAUUAAUGAACACGAUAAUAUAUUAUGACGAUUAGAUAAUCUAUUGAAAGUGACAGACAUUUAACGUGAGAGAAAGGGUUAAAAAGACUGUUGUAAAAGUGGGCAAACAUUGACUAUGAAUUAACCAACGAUCUCAAUCAAUAUUAUAACGGUAGAUAUUCAUAGUACCUAUUCAUUUGUUGUGUGACUUUGAAUAUAAUCAACCUCUACAAAGGAACGUGAUUGAUUGGAAUUCAUUUUAUUUUUUAGCCAGGGAAAUUAUUCUCUCAUCAAAGAAAGAAAAUGUGAUUUGAACAUUCAUUGAAGAAGUAGACAAUAUUGUUAAAACUGUGAUCGUUGCAGUAUUAUUAGUUUAAUCGGAUCCACUUUCUAAUCUGUCAAUAUGGGGUCUGUAAAUAGAGAUACUCUACAUCUAAUCAAUGAAAGGCUCCAGGCCGGUACCUCUGAGGAUGAAAGGCUGUUCCUGGAAGCCGCGGAGAUGGGGGAUAUUGAUACAAUUAAAAGGUUGCUAAAUGAGGAAAGGGUUACGGUUAACUGUGUGGAUCAAACCGGAAGAACAGCCAUUGAAUUAGCUGUUGCAGCUGGAGAUGAGGAUAUAGUUAGCUUUUUAUUGAACUCAGUAUCCGACACUGCUGUUCAUCGGGCAUUACUUUGUGCAGCGGAAGCCGACAGAGAACGAAUAUGUGAACAGAUUUUACAGCAUCCUGCAUAUGCUAAUGCCAAAAUUUUGGAUGAAGUUGAAGAAGAACCUGAAGUUGACCCUAUUGUGCUAAAGCUGUUGAAAGAAGGAUUGCUUCGUGCCGCUGUUCAGAAUGAUUUUCAAAUAGUUAAAAAGUUUAUUAUAAGAGGAGCCUUUUUAGACAAACCCCAUGAUUACUUCUGUUCCUGUUCGGAAUGUACGGAAGGAAAAAGGAAGGAUUAUAAAGUUUAUACUACGAAUCGUUUGGACACUUUUCGAGCUAUGGCUAGUCCGGCUUAUUUGUCACUUACAGAAAAAGACCCCAUCAUGGCUGCGUUUAAUUUAAGCCAAAAAUUCAGAAGAUUGGCAGAGUUAGAAGGAGAAUAUAAACAAAUGUACUACGACUUAGACAACCAGUGUCAAAAUUAUACCUUGGCUUUGCUGGAGCAGUGUCUCAGUUCAGAUGAGGUCAAGGCCUUGCUAACUGGAAGGUCACAUAUCAAAAGUACUGAUGACCAAUCAGAGAGCGAGGACGGGGAACAAAUAUUACCAUUAUUGGGCACAGCUAUUACGAUGGAACAAAAGAAGUUUGUAGCCCACAAUCAAUGCCAAUCUCAGAUAACAGAGUUAUGGUAUAGUGGUGUCCCCGCAUUAAGAUAUCUAAAUAAAUUCUCCUACUUGAUGUUAUCUAUACCAAUAGGUGUUGUAUUAGUGCCUAUAUUGUCGAUUAUAUACCUGAUAGCCCCGUGGAGUAGGGUGUCGAACAUUUUGCAGACGCCAUUAAUGAGAUUUCUAAGUUAUACCUGUUCCUACCUCACUUUUCUAGUGGUUGUCAUGGUCACCAAACUAGAAUUAAUGCACACAUUUGAUAGUUUUGCCUGUGACGACCCAGCACCAUUUGCCUUGGCUGUUGUAAUACUAGUGGUAUUAUGGAUACUUGGUUUGAUAUGGGAAGAAUGUAAACAGAUAAUGGAUGCCGGAGCAGCAGAUUAUUUCAGUUCUAUAUGGAAUUGUAUUGAUUCAACUAUGUUGAGUCUUUUACUGGCUUCAUUUGCGCUUGAAUUAGUUAUUCCGCUCCGUCUUCAGCAUGUUCUCUCUAGUGGUUCCGGUGAUAAUGCCACUCUCCCACCUAUUUGCAAGACCUUACGUGGUGGCCAGGAAGAUGCGGCUUUAUUUUGCUCAGUCGGUAGAGCAAGUGGUGCUGUGGUCGUCUGGGAACCAUCAUGGGUACCGGAUCCAGAACUACUUUCUGACAUAUUGUUUACCAUAGGUACUAUAUUGAGUAUCGGAAGGUUUUCCUUUAUUAUGCCUGCCAACGAGGCACUGGGAACAAUGUUGGUGUCAUUCCGCAGAACUUUGAUGGAUUUGUUUAAGCUUUUGGGAAUGUUUGUUUUAGUUAUGAUUGCCUUUACCUGUGGAAUGGCGGCUCUUUAUGCUCCAAAUAAAUGUAUGAACGAAUCAUUUGGAACCUUCGGGUCAAGUUUGUACACUCUAUUUUGGAGUUUAAUUGGUAUGGGAGAUACAGCAGCGCCGAGUUUAACGAAGGAUGGACCCUUGGCUUCAUUGACCAACAAUCCUUUACGAAACUACGGUGUGGAAACCGUCGGAUUCUUUCUCUACAGUUCCUAUGUAUUUAUCUCAAUGGUAGUUCUGAUGAAUUUGCUGAUUGCCGUCAUGUCAAAUACAUUCCAGGAGAUUCAGGAUGAAAGGGAUAUAGAAUGGAAGUUUGCCAGAACAGAACUGUGGCUGUCUUUUAUAGUCCCAGGCUGCCCGGUUCCAGCACCAUUUAACGUUAUCCCAAGUACCAAGACCAUUUUAGACGCCAUUGUAUGGUUGUUUCAGAAAUGUUGUGGCUGUUGCUGCAAGUUGGACGGAAACGGAGAUAGUUGUUGCUGUAACUUUCCACCUAUACGAUGGAUUGUUCAACAGCUCCAGCGAAUUGGCUACUGUAAAACUGGUGAAUCGGAACAGGAAAAAGUAAAAUACACUACGUUAAAGGAUGAUGAAACUACCGAGUUAUCAGAAACUGAUAGCCAAAGUCAUGGAUCUUCUAUGGAUUUGAUGUGUAUAUUAAUAAGAAGGUACGUUAGACAAGCUGAACGCGAAAAAGAAGAAGGCAAUGAUGAUGCUGCCGAAGACAUGAUGAAAAAACACAUUGAACGAACGGGAGCUAAGAUAGAAAAACGCGUGGAGCAAUUAUAUGAACGUUUAGGGUCAGUCGAAUAUAAUAUGUCAGACGUCCAGAAAGGUGAAUCCGAUAUUGUCAAAUUACAACUGGAACAUCUGGAAAUGUCCAAACUUCAUUCCGAAAAUCGUGAAAGACAACUAGACAAAUUCCUCCAUACAAUGGGACAGACAAAAUUGGAAUUGUUAUCUCGAAUGGACGCCGAAAGAAUUGAAAUUAACCGCUUGUUGGAAGUUCAGAAAAAUGAAAUGAUGAAAAAAUGGGACGAAGAAAUAAAGGAAAGGAAACAGCGAGUGCAAGAAAUUUCUGAACUUCAGGCCAAACGUCGUCAACUUAUAGCAGAAGGGAAUACAGAUGAGGCGGCUAUAUUAGAUGAUGAAAUUGCAACGAAAAUGCGAGAGUAGAUUUUGUGAAUUCGUCUAUUUUUCUUUAAUCUAAAGAUUUUUAUUUCUUUCAUAAAUUUGUUUCGAACGAAAGGAUUAAUAAAGGGCAACCCACACCAAGGAUUAUUUGAGUGGAACAUAUUUAAAGUCUUUGAUUUGUUAUGCAAAUUUAAAUCGAAAUCGAAGAUGUUUUACCAUCAGCGUUAUUUUCUCGCCACAAUGAAUUACCCACAAAUAAUCCAUGGUGUGAACUGGCCUUUAGGCGACAUAUGCAUUACUCAAUACUCAAGACGCUUAGCUAUUUCUCAAUUCAUUGUGAUAUACGUCUAAUAUAACCCACCAUUCAAGAAGUUUGGAACCAAUGUGCGCUUGGUUAAGGUGCAACAGUACUAUGUUAUCUUAAAAUAGCACCACUUCUUUGAUCUAGUCCCAAAAAAAUGAGAGGGCUUUAGUCCCGAUUAUCACUAAUAUAUAUUCUAUAAAAAGGUUAAUCUCGGUGCUAGUAUAUGUAUAUAUUUAGUCUUUAAUGUUUAAUUUAUCACCCUGUAGGUCGUUUUAGAUCAGUUAGAUGCACUCUAGAUGUGACCAUACUACUGGAUGGUCAAAGACAAUAUUAUAAACAUUCAUCGCUUUAAAUGUCUUAUUGGCAGCAGUCUAUCGGAUCACUAAUCUCCCCCAAACGAAUCGAAGAUGGUCGAAUCCAAAAACUUUAACACGGUCCAAUUGAAUUUUUAAGGAUCCCAUAAAAGGCAAUCUGAGAAUCGAAACGAAAAACCCCGACCCGAAAUUUUAAACUAAAAUCGUUGAUAAACAUUCGAAAAUAUUAAAUACUGCUCUUAGUUAAAAGGCGUGACAAUUCAGACUGCUGUCCACCAGAGUGGCCGAUACUCGACUAGGGAUUAAAUCCUUAACCGUCGGUUCCAAAGGUCUGUUAUGACCAUUUCUAAUACAAGAAAUUUACAGUAUUUAUGAUUUACCUCAUGUUACCCUGUAUUCUCUGGGCCUAUUUAUAUUUCAUCAGUUAAGUUCACAUGUUGCCCUGUAUUCUGUGAGUGCCAAUAUUUUAUCAGUUACGUUUCACAUGUUACCUGUAUUCUCUAGGUCUAUUUAUAUUUUAUUAGUUAAGUUUCACAUGUUAGCCUAUAUUCUCUAGGUCUAUUUAUAUUUUAUUAGUUAAGUUUCACAUGUUACCCUAUAUUCUCUAGGUCUAUUUAUAUUUUAUUAGUUAAGUUUCACAUGUUAGCCUAUAUUCUCUAGGUCGAUUUAUAUUUUAUUAGUUAAGUUUCACAUGUUACCCUAUAUUCUCUAGGUCUAUCCAGUUAAGUUCCACAUGUUAAUGUUUAUUCUGCACAUUUUAUCAUAUAAUAAAGAUAUUCUUUCAUGA